CAUGGGAAACUUCAGGUUUUCUUAUUCUGUAUGUACUGUAUUUCCUUGUUGUGCUGACUGACAGAGCUGUACGGAAAAGUCUCAUUGAUAGAGUGUCAGCAAUGACUCCUGAAGAAAGGAGGCUAAUUGAAGCAUUUCAGAACAGUAGUGACAAUUUAAACAGGGAGGAAGAUGAAUCUCAGAAUGACACUCGUGCAGAUUCAGAUUUUAGCAAGAGGACAUUAGUAAAAGAGUUUUUCAGAGGGUUAAAUCCAAUUGAAAAACAUCACUGGAAUGAUACUGGUUAUAUUGGCAAAAUAUUUAUUCUUUUGCAGAGCCCAUUUUUCAUUGCACUGAAAUUGAUAAUCCCUUCUGUGGAUGACAAUGAUGAAAACCUUGGAUGGAUCAAACCAAUUCAUACAUUAAACUGUGUUACAUUGCCUGUUUAUGGAAGCUAUGUUUCCGGCAUUGCCAGUAAAGACCUGAGUUUUGGAAUUCCUGUGGUACUUCCAGUGACAAUAAUAGCAUCAGCCCUCUCAGCUUAUGUUUAUGUUACCUCAGAAAUUGAAAAGCCACCACCAUAUUUCAAUGUAAGUAAAGAGAUGCUAUAA